AUAAUGAAAUCAAACAUUUAACAAAACAAAGAACAAAUAAGGAAGAGAAAAAAUAACAAAAUCGCAAAAUUUACAGUAUCAGAUCUCAAAAAUCCAUCAAAAAACCCUCUGUAGAAGAAAAAUCAAUUUCCUUGAUUGAAUCUGAACGCAAUUCCAAGUCAAUAAGUUAUCAAAGAAUUUUUCUUUCACAGUGCAAAAGAAAAAAGAAAAAAGAAAAGAUAAACAAUUCAUUCCUAUGCUUGAGACUGAAAAGAAAAGAUUAAUCUUGGAUUAAAAGAUAAUAAUUUGAAGAAUUCUUUUUAAAAUGAAUUUUUUUAGUGUACUAAAAAAAAAAUCUUAGACUUGACUCACUGUUUAAGGUGAUUGGGACUUUGUUCAGAGAAGGCCUAUCAAAUUAGUAUUAGUCAACAACUUAGAUGUUUGGAACUUUGUGCAACUAUCAUUUUCAUAGUGUUUUCUAUGUUUUUGGUUGUCUUGGUUUGUAUGAAAUGUUGUGAAAAUGUUCAGAAAUAUAUAUUUUUUUGUGAGUUUCAAUAGGAAGUUUUUCGUUAUUGUUUGGAGGGAGCCCAUUCAAAAGAUAAUGAUCAUGUCAAGGAUUUUACGGUUACAAGUUCUGCUACUCAUGAUAUUGUUGCAAAUGUCUCUUGUGAAAAUUCUGGUAGUUUCCUACUGCAAAACAAGUUUGGUUAUACGAGCCCACAGGCUAGUGGUCUAAUGUCCUUAUAUGGAGAUUCUGUUCACCCUCCUACCAAGAUCAGAGAGUCUUAUUUUGAAGUAGGGCAAAACAGGCAUGCUGUUCCUGAGUCUAAUAAUACUAUGACUUUUGAUGUGGAAGAAAGAAAACUUAGUAAUUCUGCUGGUCAUUUGCCUGGUGGAAACGGUGCUCCAUUUUGGCCAUCUGAAUCUCGAUCUACUGCCUUCAGUUUUGAUCUCAGAAGUUCAUCUGAUAAUCUGCUGUUGUAUCCAGACAUAGCUGAAACUAAUACUAGGAGAUCUCGUCCAUCUUUCCUUGAUUCUCUGAACAUGCCAAGUGCAACAUCUGCUUCUGAGAAGCCAUUUACUGAGACUGAAACUACUCAACCUUUCUCAAAGUGGAAGUCUUCGAAUGUGCCUAGUGCAUUGGAGCAUUCAAGGACCUCAUCAAUUUCUUCUGGACAUGGGGAUGACAUAUACAGGCAUACUGUCAAUGACAACAGCAUGGAGAGGAAAUGUGACUCUUAG